CCAGCCCCCUGACGUACGAGCAGCUGAAACGGAACAUUAUCUUUGACUGUUCGUGUGAGAAGAGCGAAUCUAACGACAAAGAAAUGGCAGAAGUUGCUCCAGCCCCAGCUGCAGCCGCCCCGGCUAAGGCUCCCAAGAAGAAAGCCGCAAGCAAGCCCAAGAAAGCGGGGCCGAGCGUUGGAGAGUUGAUCGUGAAGGCAGUUUCUGCUUCUAAGGAGAGAAACGGAGUCUCUCUGGCUGCCUUGAAGAAGGCUCUGGUCGCCGGUGGCUACGACGUAGAGAAGAACAACUCCCGUGUAAAGAUUGCAGUCAGGAGCCUGGUGACCAAGGGUACCUUGCUUCAGACUAAAGGAACCGGUGCCUCUGGCUCAUUUAAACUCAACAAAACCCAGCCUGCUGCGAAGAAGCCCGCCAAGAAAGCGGCUCCUAAAGCUAAGAAGCCAGCUGUGGCCAAGAAGGCAGUAGCGAAGAAGCCUGCGGCCAAAAAGUCGCCAAAGAAGAAGCCCGCUGCAGCUAAGGUGAAGAAGAGCCCUAAGAAAGCCAAGAAGCCGAAAGCAGUGGCUAAAAAGCCGGCUAAGAGUCCGAAAAAAACCAAGAAGCCGGCAGCCGCAGCAAAGAAGGCGACCAAGAGUCCUAAGAAGGCAAAAGCGGUGAAGCCAAAAGUUGCCAAACCCAAGAGCGUCAAAACCAAGAAAGCGGCUCCCAAGAAGAAGUGAGCGCGUAUACUGUAAGCUAAUUUCAUAAGCAUCAAAGGCUCUUUUAAGAGCCAC